UCAAACACUUCUCUUUCGUUCACGUCAUUCGACAUUGUUGCCUGGCAGAGCGCAGUGAUUUGUGUUGAUAAAAUUCCAAUUUCCUGCAAUUAAACUACCUUCAUUCACAUUCCCUAUUAUUCUAAAAGAAUAGCCGACUAGCUUUAAAUUUCCUCCGACAUGGCUGAUGAUAGUUUGCUAAACGAUUCGAACCUGGCUACGCUGGGAAGCAACGACGAUGAAGCCGAGCUCCUGAUCGAGGACGAUUAUCUAAAAGGUUCGGAAAUGCAGAUCGACCCAGAGCUAGAAGCCAUCAAGGCACGGGUGAAAGAAAUGGAAGAGGAGGCAGAAAAAUUGAAGCAGCUGCAGUCGGAAGUCACGAAACAGAUGACCUUGGGUUCGCCCACCGGCUCGACGCCCAUGCUGACGGCGGAGGAAAAGGCCGAGGUGGACAAUCGGUCCAUUUACGUGGGAAACGUCGAUUACGGUGCGACUGCCGAAGAGCUGGAAGCCCAUUUCCAUGGCUGUGGAGCGAUUAAUCGAGUUACGAUUCUCUGCAACAAAGCCGACGGCCACCCGAAGGGCUUUGCGUACAUUGAGUUCGGGUCGAAGGAAUUUGUGGAGACAGCGCUCGCCAUGAACGAAACACUAUUCCGGGGCCGACAGAUCAAGGUGAACCCUAAGCGCACCAACCGUCCGGGAAUGUGCCAAACCAAUCGGUUUCCCCGAGGCGUACGCGGACGUGCCGCCAGGGUGUCCAGGGCUUGCUGCUACGGUGCGCACCGUGGCACCAGGAGACCGAUUCGUGGUUACCGAGGCCGUGCGACGUAUUAUGCACCUUAUUAAUUGGUGAUAUUUCCUGAAUCUAGAAGUAUAGCCGCGCACUAGAUGUUACGUCGAUUAGCUAAACUUAGGGGUAAGUAGAUUUUCACCAUCUGCUCGCUAUCACUUCUGUAUCCAUUUUACCCUAUUCUUGCGAUAAUGUUCAAAGCACUUCAUCUUCUCACGAUCAGUUCCGGUUGAAAAUAAGUAGUUAGUGAACAAAUUUAACUCCUGAGUAGUAGUUUUUUAAUCAGUUUUGUGUUAAAUAUUAUCAAUUUUCUGGUAAAGUUUGUUCUUAUUUUGCCUUAAAUGCAUGUUUAAUCGCUUUAAAGCAUAUUUCAAGAAGAUCAUAGCGACAUUGUUAUGACUUUUUGUUUGUAUAUACUUUUAUAUUAACAGUAUUUAGUUACAGUAUUAGCUUGCAACUCGUAGAAACAUUAUACAAAGUAGUUUAUACAUUUGAAUUACUGCAAUUCUCGACAGACUCAACAGACUUUUCUGAACUUUGCAGAAUCGCAGAAUUUUAAGUGAAAAUAUAGCACAAGUAGAAACGUAGAGUUUGAUUUGCAACUUGGUCACUUGGUCACUUGUAAACGUGUUAAUCAAUUCAGCAGUUUGCCAGCGCCAGUUCCUGGGACAACAUUUCAUUUCCCGUUCAGUCCUUCGUUAUCAUAACAAUAGGGUUUCAUUUGGUACAUUUUUGUCUCUAUACUUGGUUUAUGUUCCCUUGUGUAGUAGUAUAUUGCUUCGUUAUGUUUAGAUAAACAUUACCCCCUUUUUGUCUAAUUUUUGCAGAUAAUAAAAUUUAUAUGAUAUUUUUCAAAAAACAUUAUUUGUCUUCAUCGCAACUCAAAAAAAAACACGCGCGCUUGAAAAGAUGAUGCAGCCUAAAUGGCCGCGCAUGCGCGCAAAAGACGCAAAAAACAUUCAAAUACACAUCCACAACAGCAGAAAUAAUGUUUUUUGAAACCAAGAAGAGAAGCAGAAGAGACUCCGCAUGGUGGGAAAAAGAAAGUGUCCCAACAAAAGAAAAAAAAUAUAUAUAAAAGAUCCACUACACAGAUUUACAAAACACCAUGGCUAAAAAUAAUAAGGAAAAAGAGGAAACUCCGCAUCAAAUGAGAAAAGAAGAAAAAACACACAAAACAAAUGAAAGGAGCAAAAAAUAAGUCCUUUCAAAAAAUAUGUGUAUAUGCUAAAGAUGCCAUCUGCAGAAAAUAUGGUAAUAAAAAAAUACAAUGUGCAAAAACAACAGACACACAAAAAAAAAUAAGCAAAACGGCGCAAUCAAGUAAAGGAAAAAUAAUCUUAAAACAAAGAAAAAAAAAAUGGCACUAUCCUCUCGAACUCAACAGAAAAGAAAUGAACAGCAAUAUAUAAUAUAUAUAAAGAUGAAUCAACAGAAAAAGGCGCCUGCAAAUAAUGAAAAUGAACUGAAGAUGAAGAACAAAAGAGAUAAUAAAGAGAAUGAAUGAAUAAA